AUGGCGGAGCAGUUGGAGCGUGAUCUUGAGCACCUGAUGGAAGCAGAAUAUCCCGAGAUGGCCAGCUCUGCGCCCCCGCAACGUCCGCAAAAGUUUCGUGCCUUGUCCGACAUGGAUGUGCCUCCUCCGCCAGCAGAGGUUCUACAACCACCUCCGCCGAACGAUCGCGCCAAGAUGCCGGAUCUACGAGCCCAAUAUCUACCCUGGGGUCAGCAAUCCUACUCGGACUUCAAUCAAGAGUGCAGCCAACUCGUGGCUAUGGCCAAGUAUGUGUGUGACAUGGAUGCUGCAAACUAUAUGAUGUCCAACAAACAAAAGCUCAUGCUAGCCAUGCUCAUCGACGGGGACAAUUGGCGUGCUCAUUGUCGCCAAACUUUCCACUACAAGGAUGGUGCAUGGGUUCGAGCAGACUCUCUCUAUUUGGAUGCGUGGGAAAUCCUUAUGGCAUUGGAAGGUCUCUUCGUGCAAAUGUCCUUGGAUGUGGAGGCUGGGGGUCAGCAGGUGGAAUGGACAUGGACGUCUGCGAACUCGCACAUUGUGCAAAUCAUUCGUGAUCUCAUGCAGGGCACGGAGACUGUUAUCAAGAUACUAUGUGGGGUCGCCAAAACGAAUAGUGACCAUGUUCGAAAGGCAGCGAGCAACAAAACCUGGCAUGCUCAAUGGGGUCGCCGUGUCGCCGACAUGCUCGCGCAGUACCGUAAGACGUGGGAGAAUGAGUUUUUGUCCAAGCCAUUGUCCAAGCUCUUUCUUGUGGAGUGGGACACUCCUUUGCCUCGUUCGAAGGGUGUUUGCUUCCUGGAUGUCUUCUUAGAGGAGAAUUGGGAAAUUGCAUCCAAAUCCCGGGACCACAACUGCUACCUCAAGCUGAACUACCACUUCUUGUAUGAGCGGGUAGUUGCACGGGAUCCUAGCAUCGUCGCAGACUUCGUUCGGGACGGUAAAGGUAUGGAGGCCAUUUUGGAUCGAGCUCUCUUUGGUGAUCUUGCGUCCUCGAUUCAGGAAAUGGACCAACGAGCCCAUUUCCAUGCUGACAUACGGAAGCGUUUCGUUGUGAACGAGGACAUAGACUGUAGAGUGAACUAUGGGUUCACCAAGGAGCGGCGCUUCGGGGACAGUUUGAAAGUCCAAGAGCUCAACUAUGACAACAUACCCGUCAUAGAAGAGGUCGAUCCCGAGAACGGUGUGUUCCUGUUACUACCGCAGGAGGAGCUGUCUUCUUUGCUUUCGCAUGAGGAGACGAGCUUGGAAGAGUCGUUGAACAUGAUCAAUAAUUUGGGUGAAGUCCAUGCCGACUUGCUCAGCGACACGAAGUGGUUAGCAUCGCGGCUGGCGGGAGGGAAUGCUCCACCUCCAGGCAAACGCACGAAACUGUCGCACUUGAUCGAAGCUGUGGACCAUGCAGAUGUAAUAUUACUGAAGCACGUUGAUCACGGCACGUUCCAUAAGCUUCUCAUCGAUUGGCAGCGCUUGGUUCCUGCGAUGGAGGCUCAUGGUGGGUCCGCAGUCUUCGGCACUUGGGCACAGUGGAGUGAUCCUUUCGACCUUUUGCAUUUGCAGGAAAAGUGGACAGGAUCUGCUUUUCAGCAUGACGCCCAGAUGAUUCGCCAGAACAAAGGCCCAGGCGAAGAUUUAGCUUUCUUGGGUCGCUUGAGUGAGGUUCGCCUGCAUAAGAAGAUCAACUUGUCUACACUGGAAGCAUAUGCUCGAGCAAGAACAGAUCGCAGACAAGACCUCCUGGAUGCGUACCUCACACGUCAUCGUCGCGAUGGUUUCAGCAAUGGCGACUACUCCACCAUCGAGGUUGAGUAUUACAGUCGACCGUAUUACGGCCGUCUCAUUGCUCGUAGUGCUUCUGGUCAGAAGCUAACGCGCGAGGCGCGCAUGGCUGCAUUCAGCCCACAUUGCGUCGAGAUUGAUGCACCCUGCUGUCAUCCCCGACUGCUUGAGCAGAAACUUCGAGACGAAGGACUGUGGGAUGACCUAAAGUAUCCUAUGCUCGGUCUCGUCGUACUUCAUUGCAACAAUUGGCGUCAGUGCCUCGCCACUUACUCGGACUACACGGUCACCGAUGCAAAGGUGGAACUCAUUCGAAUUUUCUAUGGCGGCCGUCCUAACAUUGAGGCACCGUUUCUCUUGAAAUUGUGUGACGAGGUCCAGCGUGCUGCCGUUGCCUUGCUUAGAACUCCAGAGGAAGCCAAGCUACUGCAAAUCGUUCACUCUCGACUGGACGGCUGCUACAUCGACUGCAACGACUUGGCUGUGGAGCUGGACAUAGUCGAAGCUUGUCGAGCUUGUGGAGACCAGAUGAUCCCCAUGGACGUCAAAUCUUGGUCAUCUCAGACAGAGGUGUCAACCCUGGCGCACAUGUUGGGUCGUCAAAAGCCAUCCUCGUGGAGCCUUCAUACUGUUGCUUCCGAGCAACAGCAUGCAUCUUGUUUGCACUAUGCCAUUAGUUUCCUACAACCAGACUGUGACAUCGAUCUCGUGGCCGUCACAGAGGAGGAUGGCUGCAUCUCCGCCAAAGAUUUCAAUGAUCAGAUGAUGUAUGCUUCGCAACGAGCUCUUUCGGAGGGUUAUCGCAUGAUCGUCCAGAACGACAUUAAUCUGGUGGGCCUCAAGAACUCCAGUGAAGUUCGUUUCUGUCAUCAGAUUCAAUCAGAUGGAGGUCACUGGUGGGGCAUCAACUUUAUGGCCGACUCCCAGGUCAUGCUCGUGGAUUCCGAGUGCAAUGGCCGCCACCUGGUCACGGACUUCGACAACUUCAUUCGUCUUGCAUCGACUAUGCAGAACAUGACUUGGUUUCGUUUGGAUAUUCGUCCACAUUCCUGGAUCCAUCCGGAGCAUGAGGCAUACAAUCUUCGUGGAUCGGGGCCUCUGAAAAGACCCGCAGGUGCCCUUACGAGUUCGGAUUCGACUUCCGCGUCAUCUUGCCGGACACUCACAACUCCUCUUCGACAUUGUAUUGAGUGUGGGGCAUUGCUACAGACCGAGCGGUCGAUUGAGGCUCGCUUGUACACUCUCAACGGGCAUGAGACCGUAUGUCAUCUCACGAAGCGAUGCACCUACAAGCCUUGUCGCGUCAUUCACCACUACAACUACAGCAUCUCCGACGGGUACAAGAUGAACACCAUUCUGCCAGAGGAUGUAGACGUCAUCUUUGUCAAUCCAAAGACUGGGUUCACCAAGAACUUCCUUGAGUACCACGCGGCACUCCAGUUUCGGGGUGGAUUAAGCAUACACGCAAUCACCUACGCGCAGAAGGAUGCUCUCUGGAAAGAUUCCAAUGAGCACGUGCGAUGGCGUCGGGAGUAUUCCGCUGCGCAACUAUACUUCAACGUCCUGAGUGUAGCGGAGAUCAUGCAUGAAACGUACGACAGGGAGAAGCUUCUCCAGUACACGCACGAGAUCGAUGUAGCGAACCCACUCGCUAAUGAUUUCAUGGCCGAAUACACAAGAUGGUGA